AUGGCGAACUCCAAUCAUCGAAACUCGACAGCCAUAAGUAUUGAAGAUCGGAAUGUAGAGGGGGAAUCUGGUAAUGAAGGUGGAGCAGCCAAAAAGGGAAGAUCAAAACGGCUAACAACAGAGCUGGCAAUAUUAUUCCUUCCAAAGUGGGAGACAGUAUUUGCGGUAUCAUGUGCACUUGCUGUCUUCCUUGAUCCUGUGUACCCUUACAUUCCUGUCAUGAAGGAGGGGGAUGACAUGUGCUACUAUUGGGACGAAAGCUUGAUGUGGGAAUUUUUUGUUUUACGAUCAGCCCUAGAUCUCUUUUAUGCAAUGGACUUUGUCAUCUUCUGGCGUCAGCGGAAUGGUAAUAAUGGUAAGGCAUUUCGGGCCUCCUCAGAAAAAAGGGAAACAACAGUUAAGGGAACCAUCCUUAAGCUGUUACCCUUUCUAACUCGUGCGUAUGUUGCUCUUCCCUUUCCGCAGGUAAUAAUUAUUGCUGGACGAUAUUCAAGCUUUAAUAGUUUUUUUCUUCUAAUGUUCUUCAUUCCGGCCCAAUAUAUACUACGGGUUUAUCGCACGUACGGACUUCUCAAGCGGUGUCCUGACAUGGAAACUGGAAUAGGAAGAUGGCUUAAAGCAAUAUUGGAUUUUCUUCCCUUCGUGCUUGCUGCUCAUCUAUUCGGAGCCUUGUGGUACAAUCUUUCUCUUCAACGAGAGCUGGAUUGUUGGACGCUUGCCUGUCGAGAUAAAAGGGUGGGAUGUGAUAUUUCUGGAACAGGUUAUUAUUUCUACUGUGGUACCGCCGUUGACAACGCCACGAAUCUCAAUACCACGCAUAUAAUCGCAUCAUGCCCUUUAAAUCCACCAGAUCCAACCAUCUUCGAUUUUGGUAUAUUUCUCUACGGUAUUCAGUCUAACAUGACAAGGUCAACGGAUCUUCCACCAAAGUUGUUUCAAUGUUUUUGGUGGGGGGUUACGAAAUCUGAGUUCUAUUGGUUCAAACCUCCCGACCAGUAUCUAUAUGGUGGAAAUCUGUUUUACGGUUUUGGUAUCUAUAAGUGGCAUAGUCCUAUUCUUAAUAUAUCUCAAUACGAGGGUGCAGAUGUCACAACAAAGAUCAGUGAAGACAACUAUAUUGUUCGAGAGGGAGAACCACUUGAUAAGAUGCUCUUCAUCACCCAAGGCACCGCAUGGUCAUACCCAACCAGUGCAACUGGUUCCUCAGCAAUAAAGUGUCUUGUGAAAGGUGAUUUCUAUGGAGAAGAACUUCUAAAUUGGGCAUCAAAAUUGAACUCUUUUUCUGAAUUUCCCACCUCAACCAGAAUUGUCAAGGCUCAUACGAAAGUUGAAGCAUUUGCCAUCAAAGCCAACAGCUUGAACAUUGUUGUCUCCAAAUUUUGGUGGCAUUUUAGCAAGAGGCUUGAUCACAUAGAGGACUCUCAGUUGGAGAGGUGGCAAAGUUUGGCAGCUUCUUCCAUACAAGCAAAAUGGCGCCGCCGCAUGCAAGGCCGAGCUAUGGGCGUACCUGGGAAAACAAAUAUUAGCCUAAAAAGUAUCUUAUGUUGUAUCAACGUCAAAAACACAAAUGAUCUCAUGCCAUGA